UGCUGCUCUCUUGUGUGAUUUGUUUUACAGUGGAGUAGACAUUUUCCCUAAACUCCUCUCACUGAAACUAAAUAUUAAAAGUGCACAGGAAAUAGGAGUCGGGGAGAAGAAUAAACAGUGGUCCAAGUAAAACUUGUGUCCUUGUAUUCCUUCAGGCAGGAAUAUACGUUAUAUUAAUUCAUACUCAUCCCUACCACAAACAAAGGACCAAGGAGAAGAGGAAAAUGAGGGAGAAUACUAUGAACGUUUAAGGAACCUGAUGCUUUAAGAAAACAGCUGACUUCAUCAAAAGAUAGGAAUGGAUGUGUAAUUGGUAGCAGAAGAGACAAGACAAAAGGAAAAUGAACUGGACACUAAUAUUACGUCUGGCAAUCUUGCUGACUGUGUGGUUAAUCUGUGCUUCUGAUAAUUCUCAGGGGAGAAUACCUCACAGGGAGAGAGGAGCCCUUCGUACAGCACAACACUCUUACAAUGUAAGAACAAUACCUUCCCAUAGAAGGAAUCACAGUUUACUUAGGAAUCAAAGUAGUUCUGUAAAUAAGGAUUUAGUUAAACGAAUUUUGUCACAAACUAUGCUGAAAGAUGAGGGGCAAGCUGGGGCCAAAAAGACCAAUCCACAGGAAAGGCCUGGUAUUAGACAACCCCAGGUUAGAAUGCUGAAGGAUGACAGCGUAACAACUGCGCGCUCUAGAACAGCACGAUUUCCCUCCGCUUCAAGUUCUCCUAAUAUUCUUGCUAGCUUUGCUGGAAAAAAUAGAGUCUGGAUCAUCUCUGCUCCACACGCAUCUGAUGGUUAUUACCGCCUAAUGCUGAGCCUCCUCAAAAAUGAUGUCUACUGUGAACUCGCUGAAAGACAUAUUCAACAGAUUGUCAUAUUCCACGAUGAAGGAGAAGAAGGGGGUAAAAUUAGACGAAUUACAAAUGAAGGAAAGAUCUUAGAACAGCCACUUGAUCCAUCAAUUGUACCAAAAAUGAUGGCCUCUCUAAAACUAGAAAAAGGAAAGUUUGGUAUGGUUCUGCUUAAGAAGACUUUGCAAGUAGAGGAAAGGUAUCCUUACCCUGUUCGUCUAGAAGCAAUGUAUGAGGUUGUUGAUCAAAGUCCAAUAAGGAAAAUAGAAAAACUUAGGCAAAAAGGUUUUGUGCAAAAAUGUAAAGCAGCUGGAGUAGAGGGUCAGAUAUCUGAAGAUGGAGAAAGUAGUAGCAGCAGUGGAACUAGUGGUGGUAGCAGUAGUAGCACAAGAGCUACAAAACCAACACAAGCUACUAACACUGUCCAAGUCUCAGUUAAGAAGGAGGAGCCAAAGAGAACUGUAGUUCCUACAAGGUCAUCUAGACUAAAAAUUACAAGAAAACCUUUUGUAGUGCUUCCACCUGCACCUACAUCUAAAGCAAUAACUCUUCCACCUAUCACAAAGGCAACAACACGCAUAUUUACCACCGCAACAAGGUCACCAACCACGCUACCAACGACAGUACUUCCCACCACUCAAAAACCAUGGACAACAAAGGUCCAUACCACUCCUGAGUCUCACAGGUUACUUGUGCAAGUUGAAGUAACAACAAGGGAUCCAGAAACAGCAGGUCAUUACUUUCCUGUGCGAACAGAUAAACACAGAGAAAGACAGCAUGUGCAGACAGGAAAGCACUUUGCUACUACAACCAAAAUAAACAAAGCUAUGGUCUAUCCCCACACAGAUGCUCCAGCUAUUCCAACAACCACUACAGAGCACAAUACAAAAGAAAACACAGGCCGGUUUGGGGAUAACCGUACAGAUAGAAAAGACCACAGUUCUCAUGAUAUAACACCAAGUCGUAAAAAACCUACAAAAACCAAGUCAUCAAAAAAGAAAACAGUAGAUAAAAUAGUAAAUAAUGAGUAUGAGGACAAAUUUGACCCUGGGAAACCCACAACAUCACAGGUGGAAGAGGUUAUUGAAGAGCAACAUUUUCCUCCUAAAAAAGAUAAAGAGCAAAGAAAGGAGGAAAAACCCGACAAAAUCGAAAAAAAGAAAAAGAAGUCAGAAAAACUAUCAAAGAAAGUAAAAACUAAAAAAGACAAGACAGAGAAAAAGAUAAAACCAGAAAAGGAUGGUAACAAAAAAAACAAAAAAGGAGGCAAAGGAGAGGAUGAUGGAUUUAUAAAGCCAGUAAAGAAAACAUUUACAGAAAUUCCGAAAAGAUCAUUGUCAACUUUCCUGGGUAACUUUGAAGCCAAACGAAGAUUGUUGCUCAUUACUGCACCAACAGAGGACAGCAACAUGUAUUCCCAACAGAGAGACGAGUAUCUUGAGACAGUGUGUGAAAUGGCCAUAAGAAAAAUCUCAAUAAUCACAAUUUUUGGAACUUUGACAAACAGCACUAUGAAAAUAGACCACUUUCAACUAGAAAAUGAAAAACCGAUGAAAGUCAUUGGAGAUGAUGAUUUGCUGGACCAUGAACUCAUAACGGAAUUAAGGAAAGAAUAUGGUAUGACCUACAAUGAUUUCUUCAUGGUGCUAACCGAUUUAGAUAUGAGGGUUAAGCAAUACUAUGAGGUUCCUAUUGCGAUGAAGUCAGUAUUUGACAUAGUCGAUACAUUCCAGUCCAGAAUCAAAGAAAUGGAGAAACAAAAAAGAGAUGGGAUUACAUGUAAGAAAGAGGAGAAAACAAGGUCACUAGAAAGUUUCCUCUCAAGAUUUCGUUGGAGAAGACGACUACUUGUUAUAUCUGCUGCCAAUGAUGAAGAGUGGGCUUAUCAGCAGCAACUUUACGCACUGACUGGACAGGCUUGUAACAUGGGACUGCGCCAUAUGGCCAUUUUGAAAAUGGUUGGCAUUGGAGUUGACGGUAGUGGUGUUUUAGAACUGUACCCAAUCAAUGGAAGUUCCAGUGUGGAAAGAGAGGAUCUUAAAUUCAACUUGGUGAAAGAUAUAAGAAACUAUUUUCAGAUCAGCCCAGAAUAUUUCUCUAUGCUCCUUGUUGGUAAAGAUGGUAACGUAAAGUCCUGGUAUCCUUCACCCAUGUGGUCCAUGGCAAUUGUCUAUGAUUUAAUUGACUCAAUGCAGCUGAGACGACAGGAAAUGGCCAUUCAGCAAUCACUGGGCAUGCGCUGUCCAGAGGAUGAAUAUGGAGGGUAUGGUUACCAUGGUUACCCUCACCAAGGGUACGAGGACGGUUAUCAGGAUGAUUAUCGACACCAUGAAGGAUAUUACCAUAGAUAUCAUGAUUAACACAAUGAUUGGUUACCAGUGAUGAAAAUAUGUUCAAUAGGGAUUUAAAAUGUAAAUUAUAUUUGUAAUUUUCCACAGCUAUAAAGACAGUGUAUAUAUUUACUCUGUGUGUGUUUUUAAGAAACUUUUUUUCUUUGCAUGUAUUUGUUUUUAUGAAUGACUUAUACAUUAGCAGUUAUUGUUUGCCUCUAAGAUGUGUACAAUUUCUAACUGCUACGGUAUCCUAUAAUUAUAACUUAAAUGACAAAAUGUUGAAGACCAGCAAUCAUAUACACAAUAGAAAGGCAGCAGUUUGUAGGCCGAACCGAUGUUCAUUAGCAGUCAGCCUAUUGAGUCUCACAUGGAUCUUGUAAGUAAAACCUUGGUAAACAACCAAAUUACCAUGAAAAUCCAUCAUAAUUUGGUAAAUUUUCAUGGUUCUUUUUCAAAAGGGUCAUCUCAUAUGAAUAGUAGUUAUGAAGUACCUCGGUGAUUGCUAAAAGUGAAUUGUGGGCCUGCAUUCUCAAUACUGGGACAAUAAUAUCUUCUGCCACUAUAGGUGACAGAUGAUCUUCAAGACAUUCACUGAAGCUCUUUCACAUGGGUGUGGUAUGGAGGGUCGACCACACUUAGGUUGACAGUGUCUAGGUCGACCACUGUUGGUCGACAGUAACUAGGUCAACAGGGAUUCUAGGUCGACAGGGCAAAAGGUCGACAUGAGUUUUUUAAAAGAUUUUGGUGUUGUUUUCUCUACAGUGACCAGGAACCCCAAUUAGUGCACCGUGUCCCCUCGCAUGGCUCACUUCGAUCGCCAUGCUUUGCUUGCCAUGCUUCGGGCAAGGUGCCUCGAUCCGCUACCGUUGUGCUCGGCACAGGUUACUAUUCCCAAUCGUAAUCCACGUGGAUCGUAAAGUAUGAAAAAGUUCAAAAAAAAGAAAAAAAUUGUGAUAAUCUCAUGUCGACCUUUUGACCUGUCGACCUAGAACAUGUCGACCUUGGAACCCUGUUGACCUAGAAACCCCCGGCAACCUAGUUACUGUCGACCAAUAGUGGUCGACCUGGACAUUCUCGACCUAAGUGUGGGAUACCCUUUCACAUCCUAUGCAACAACUAUUAUUAAUAACAGUUACUUAUACAGCGCAGCAUAUUCCGCUCAGCUACAGCCCAUUUCUUUUUUAAUUUAAUAAUUGCAAGCGUUGUGACACUCAUGUGUUGUUCAGGUGGUACUUUUGGUGUAUAUUUUGUUUUCAUAGUAGAUUCAAAAGCCCAGAGACUAUCAUUUUAGUGAUGCUAUAUCAUGCACAGAUCACAGGUCAUCUAGACUGCUUGAUUCCUAUAUAAUACCUUAGCUCAGUUUGGGACAAAAUUCCAUCCCAAUGAACUAUAUAAUAAUCGCACAUGGCAUGCCCUGAUACUGAUGUGCAUUCUGGGAGCGGGCCUCACCGCAGGGGGGGAGAGAUGGAAAUCAUGGUUAGUAUAAGUGUAGGCUGAAGGGAGAGGAAGACUAGUUAUAUAGCAAAAUGAUGGAACAACUUAACAGUAAUGUGAGGGCCGUUGGUUGUGUGCACCCAAAUGGAGCAACACUUGAAUUGCUCCGUCAGCAGCCAUGUAGUGGCUGCCAGUGUGCAAAGUACCUGAAUUCCCCGCAUAGAGGUGAGGAGCAGCAUUAGCCUUUUAUUAUAUAGAAUAAGAGAGUCUUGUGUCCCUGUGCAGUCUAUGCUUCAGGAACCAUUGUUUUCCAUGUCUCUCUUAUAUGUAUAUGCCUGCAAUCUACAGUACUUUAAUGUGACUAUACUCAAACACUGUGCCAAACUGGCAGGUAUAUAAAAAUAUUUACAUGGAUUGUAUUAAGGGCUGUGUGAAGAGUAACCGAAGAUUUCUAAAUAAAUAUCUUCAAACGUUUUCCUAACUCCAGGAAUAAAUAUACUACACCGGUUCUGAUAAAACUAUAGGGUAUAUGCUUUAUAUUCAACAGUUUGUGCUAAAUAUAAGAAUACUUUCCCUGGAGAUGUUAAACCACCUGUUUGGAUGGCAGAUUUGUAGCUCCCAUUUCUAUAGAAAAAAAAAGUUGUAAAAUAAAGAAUUCAAUGUGCAAUGAAGUAUAUGAAAUCAAUAAAGAUUUUUUGUUUUAUUUACAACUGAA